UGUGUUGUUCCGGGGUGACAUUUUAGCAGUGAACACAAAAUAGCAGCGUGUCCUCAGCAUGAAAAAAAGUGUUUCUUCCUAGGCAAAUUAUAGUCUUGUUGUCUCGGAAGAGGCGUAUGCUUUACUGUGUACGGAGCACUGCGCGUGUGUGUUUUAAAACGAAGAUAUCAAACAAAGGCACAACCCAUCGUUCGAUUUUAUUAGCGCGAGAUAUGCUAAUCACGCUAGUUUGGUAUAUUGUUCAUUACAAAUCUACCGGAUCGUUAGCUAGAUUGUAUUAUGGGUUUUCGCACUAAUUGUUGCCUUUUUCCUCCUAUAAAACAAUGUAAGGCAUUCUAGUGUGCAAAAUGGAUAGAGACUUGUUGAGGCAAUGUCUGACGUAUCACGGAAAGUCAUUGUUCAACAAAUUGAAAUGUGAACAGACGGAAAAUCCCGAUUUUCAAGCCGUGGUGACUGACCUGUGCAAGGCUGCAUAUGAUGGAUAUGACGAAGAACAGAGCAACCCCCUCGUGGAGCAGUUCAUAGCGAGGAAAGCUGACAUUCUUUUCAGUCCAUCAUGGAAGACUGCAACUCCCAAAGAGGAGGAGUAUGGAGAGGAGGAGGCUGCAGAGGCUUACGCUCUUAUGCCACCUCUGGAGUUAUUCAUGGAGGUGCCUUAUGAGGAGAGAAGGGCCAUGCUUUAUAGGGAUAUGGAGAGAGGCGACAUUGUGGUGGGAAGGAUCAACAAUAUUCGGGAAUAUGGCUUCUUUCUCACCCUGAUUUGCAUGGCAGGAGGGCUGAACAGAGACAUAGAAGACCUGGAGUUAUCGGCUCUUUGUCACAUUAAGGAAAUUCCUUCAACUGGCAGUCAUGAUGAUCCUUUGUCCUACUACCAAAUUGGGGACUUAAUAAGAGCUGGUGUGAAAGACAUCGACCGCUACCAGGAAAAAAUCACUGUAUCCCUUCUCCAAACAUCCAUAUCUCCCAGACCAGAGAGUAUCCAAUUGGGAGUAAUGACCAGGGAAGAGCUACCUGUACAAUACGAUCGUAGUGUUUGUGCAGCUAAUGACUCCAGUAAGACAUAUGAGCAUAUACUGAGGGGUUGCCAUGGCUACCACAACCCCUCUGUGGUGGACUACUUGCUGGUAAACGUUGGUGUCAGUGACAUCCAUCCUCCAUCAAUGAUGAGAGGGCUACAAAGUAAACUUUUUGUGAAAGAGGAUUUUGCAUCCGUCAUCCGGAAGCAGCAGUCUGCGUCGUGGGCCUUGAAGUGUGUCAAGGCAGGGGUAGCUCACUUCAAGCAGGGUCGUCACGUGGAAGCCAUGAAUGAGUACAACAAAGCAUUGGACAUUGACGCAAAUAACGUGGAAGCCUUGGUAGCUCGAGGAGCACUGUAUGCUAAUAAAGGAGUCAUCGUGAAGGCUAUAUCGGACUUUGAAUUGGCCUUGGAGACCUGUCCAGAUCAUCGCAAUGCCAAGAAGUACCUCUGCCAAACACUAGUUGAGAAAGGAAAACAACUUGAAGAACAAGAGAAACUUGUUACAGCGGAAGGAGUGUACAAAAGAGCUAUUUCUCUGGACGACACGAAUCCUGAGGCCCAGGAGGCUUUGAAAAAAAUUACAGAGACCAUACAGAAUUCGAUUCGCCUGCGGGAAGAAGCAAUGGCUAAAGAAGUGGAAGAGAAAGCUAAGAGCAGUCAAAGCAGUGCUGAGAAAUUGCGUAAGAUCUUAAAAGAGGAGAAGAGGAUGAAACGAAAACGAAAGAGAUCGACCUCUUCCUCGUCGUCCUCUUCCUCCAGUAAAUCUUCCAGCUCUUCGUCCUCAUCCUCUCGCAGGAGAUCCAAAAAAAAGAAAAAGCGAAAGAGGAAAUCAGGGCGAGAAAGCAAACGGCAUCGCAGGCUCUCAAAAGAGGGCAGCAGGAGGAGUGACGAGGGUAAGCGGGUGAAAAAAAGGAAGGAAGACGAGGAAGAGGAGCUGGAGUGGUACCCGGCUCCUCCCAAUACCUCUGCCACCUUUCUCAACCAGCAAGCAUGGGAGGGUUUUGGAGCGUUAGAUGAGGAGGAGGGUGGGACAAGCAGGAAGGGUAAAGAAGGUAACGGCCCAAGAAUAUGUCUGUAUUCUUUGUCAGAAAGCUCAGAGGAUGAAGAGUGUGGGUUGUCAUCACACAGACGGAGAGAAACAAAGGAUGGGGAAGGAAAGAGGAGGAAAAGCAAUAGUAUUAGUUCUGAUGAAAAAGAUAGAUUCAAAAGCGGGGAAAGUAGUCAGUGGAGCAGGGAAGAUAAAAGAAGUAGCAGUGGGCCCAAAAGAAGUAGCUUAGAUGAGCGGAAGCGCAAAGUAUCCUGCUCGUCAUCUGAGUCUGCCUUUUCCAGAAAAGAUUUUUCCAGGCGUAAUUCCUUUAGAGGCGAUGAAGAUGAAACACACAAAGAGAAGGACAUUAGUGCGGAAGAAGAGGAACCAGCUUGGAACAAUUCAAACACAGCCCAAGUCCAAGAUGAGCAGUGUGAGGAGAUAUCGGUACCAGAGGGACGGUCUAAAAAAGACCUUCCUGCAGACCUGUUGCACAUCUUUAACCAGAUUGCCAAAUUUCAGAAAGAGAAAGGGAUUACACCAAAAAAGUAGCCAGUUUCGGUUUCAAAAUGGAAACUCGAAUCGAAGAAUGGCGCGUUAAACUGAAAUGGUAGGAAAAUACUGUACGUUCUUUUCAAUUCAUGUUUAAUUUGUAAUGCGUAGACAUUGUAAUGUUUCUUCUAAGGAAUGUAUUUUGAAUUCACAGUUGCUUCUAAUAUUUCCUGGAAGGAAAGAGCAAAAACCUGAACUAAACUGGGCUGGGCUUAGAGCUGCAACACAUCACUGGAGUUGGGCAGAAUCUUAAAAAUCAUUUUUUUUCGAGAAAUCUCUUCAUUGGCAAAAAGAAUAGUAAUUGUCAGUACUAGCCAAUAGGCCUAAUUUGUAAAGAAAAGAAAAUAAUAAAUAAUGAUAAUAUCAAUUUGUAGACAGACAAUUCAUAAAGAUUAGUAGGAAACAUUGAAGCUUAACCAAAUUUGGGCAAAGGAUACUUUACACAGUAAAAUCAACAAAAAUAUAUAAACAGUACAUAACAGUACCUUUCAGCAUGAAUGGUGCCUUCAAGUUGUGCAAGUUACCUGUUGUGCCAUGAACAUUGAUGUGUGGUUUUUGCACUUAUAUGUUUAAAAAAUAAAUAAAUCAAAAAACUGUGAAUAGAAGUUAUUUGCAUGUGGUUCUCAUGCUUCAUUUUUUUGAGACGUGAAUGGUUGGUUGUAUGUCUAUAUACGCCCUGCGAUUGUACCCCACCUCACGCCCAAAGUCGUCUAGGCUAGGCUCCAGUUCACCUAUGACCUAGUGAGGAGGUACAGAAAAGAGAUGGAUGGGUAUCGCCGCAUUGUGCAUUGAGAUGACACAGGUCAGCCAUCGUCCACAGGUGUUAUGUCAUUCUGUUUGAUUUUUGUGCAGCUAGCUUGUUUUACCCUCCCCAUAAUAGCAGUAUGUCACAAUUUGAAUAAAGUCUUCAGUGAAAAAAUGGGAAUGCAGUGUUGUUUUUACUCUUUGUGAUGACAAUGCAAUACAAUACAAUACAAUGUUAGAAGGCUGUUUGCGCACAGCACGUUAAUGCUGAUAAACAUCGAACAAAUUUAUUACGUUCAAGCAAUUGCGGACUUUAUAAAAUAUUUGCAUAUGAUUGGCUAAUGUUUAUAGCAGGUAAACAUAUCUGCUCACAGCACUUUUGUCUGCUCUGGAAAUAAUUGCCUUUUAUUGAUGAUUUUUACCCCCAUUUUUAAAAAUUUGUAAAAAAAAAAAAAAAAAAAUCCCCACAUUAUGAAGAUUCUUUUCUGAUUACUUUAAUACACUUUUCAAAGGCCAACAGUUAUGUUUGAUUUUUUUUUUUGUUUUUUUCGUUACAACAUUCUAAUAUAAUGAAUUCCUGAAAUACUGUUUUUUUUUUUUUUUUGUCUUUUUGCCCUAAUUUGAGCUAUUUCUCUUAUAAGCAUCAAAAUUUAAAUAAAUAUGUUUGAAAAAAGUUUGUGUGUUUAACUAAUGUACAAGUUCCACUUUCUGAAACAAACAAACAAAAAAAACUGAAAUAAAUGGCCUUUCUACCAAUAUUCAACUUUUUGGGGCACAUACCUGUAUAUAGUUGGGGUGGGAAGCUCUCGGUAGCUCACGAUAGGAUACGCUUUGCAAUAAAAGGCUCACGAUAACGAUUACCUCACAAUAUGGCGAUACAACAAUUAUGGAUACAUAGGUCGGGAAAUCAUUCACUCAUUUCAUCCUCCUGUGAAUCAAAAUGAGUUUAUCACAAGGGUGUAGGCUUGCACUGGGAUGGUAGGGACAUAACUACCAACUUUUCAGGAUGCUAAAAUUGUCCCCACCAACUUUUAAGCAACCUUAUUUGCAUUAUAUAAUGAGUUUAGUUAUAUAGGGAAUUUAGAUUGUCUUCCCAUAUUUUGUAAGGAUAGAAUUGACCCUACCAUUAUUAAGUGAAUUGUUUUCAUUAUGUUUAUGUUUACAAAUAAAAACCAGACAUUUAUUCAGGAAGUUUUCUAAAUGUUUCUUUGGUCUUUAGUUGUUUUUGAAAACAAAGGUUUGACUCGAACAGUGUAUCACCUGAACCGAUGCACGUAAAAGUUGUUAUCAGUCGAUACAGUCGAUACAGAUUUAGUUUGCAUUGAUCAUUUAGCCUAUCAAUUAAUUAGGUUCAUAGUCGUGAGAAAUGUAGCCCUGACCCCCGUUCACCCAAUCUGCUUGGUCUUAUUAAUGUCCCGUCCCCAGCAAAAAAUGUACAUGCAGGUCAUGCUGUUAUAUCGUCCCUACCAAUGUUGAAACCAAACCUUAUAACCUUGGUUUAUCACUAAUAUCCUUCUGAACUAGGAGGAUGAGGACCGGAGUUAAAUACCCUGCUUGAAAGAGAAGUCAGACGCCGGAGUAAAGUUGAAUUGGCUGUACUGCGGUCAUCUUGACAAGAGAUACUUAUUGGAAAACCAAAAACAAACAAACAAAAAAAAAGAUAUGAAAUCGUCACAAAGUAUACACCAUGUGUCAGUUUGAACAGCAACUGGUAGUACAGCAUGAUCGCAAUGAAAUGAUGUAACCACAUUUGACCACAAAUGCAAACAAAACGGGAUAUACAUUUCUCCAAUAUAAAUGGUGUUAUACUUAUAAAGCGCUUUUCCACCUUUUCAAGGCGCUUUACACUAUCUCGCCAUUCACCUACUGGUGACGCAGCACCAGGAGCAAUGUGGGGUUCAGUGUCUUGCUCAAGGACACUUAGACGAGUUCAUCAGGGCGGAGACUUGAACCCACAACCUCUGGGUUGGGGGACAACUACUCUACCACUGAGCCACGCCACCCCAAUAUACUAGAGCAGGGGUCCCCAAACUUUUUCCUGGGAGGGCCACAUAACUUUUCCCUUCUCUGAUGAGGGGCCGGGGUCAGUUCUUAACAGAAAAAGUGUGACGGUUGCAGGAGUGCCUAAAUGUAAAAAUGUAUUGUUUUUCAGAAAGCCACAAUUAAAUAACCCUUUGUGGAUUCUUCACGGAACAAAACUAAAUAAAAUAAAAAUAUAUAAUACAAUAUAAUAACACUAUUAAUUAAAUAGAUAAUAACCAAAUAACCCUCUCUGGGUUCUUCACAGAAGAAGCCAGGACAUAAAUAACACAAGUAAAAAAAAAAAAAAAAAAAAUGUUCAGGGGGCCGGACCAAAUGUGGAGGCGGGCCGUAUACGGCCCGCGGGCCGUAGUUUGGGGACCCCUGUACUAGAGUAACUAGACAAUACUUAUGAAUAUAAAACUAAGGAAGAAUAUAACUUAAAAGUGAUGCUUGCUUAAGGCACAAAAUGUUAAAUGGCAAGAACUCCUAUGAUACGGUCAAUACCGAUCGCGACGGAUUGCUACUGUGCACGCACGAAACCACGCCGUUUUCUCGAGCAAUUAUGGCACAUAUAGUAGAUAAAUGUACGUGAUCCAUCAAACAAUAAAUAUAUUUUUUUCUAUUUUUGGGGUAGCGAUAGAUGGAUUCUGAAGGGUUUACUUUGGGUGAGGGGAGAGGAAGACCGUUUAAACUGCACUUAAAAUACUUGAAACAUGUAUAAAGGAAGGGUGAAAGCAUGGGCACUGCAUAUUCUUGUACACUAGAUGGCAGUAUGCACCCGAGUCAAAAGAUUUUUUUACGUGCCGCAAUGUCUCAUUCUCAUUCAUUAUUAUUCAACCCAUAUGCCAGACGAUUUGAUGAGUAAUUAUAUGUCCUAAUCUCUCGCGUUUAUAAGCAUAAAGCCAACGGAGGAAGUGCGGUAGCGCAGUCAAGUGAACAGCCGGUCGCAAAUUGGCAGCUGUACUGCGCGUGCGCGUUAAAAUUCUACUUUUUUUUUUUUUUUAAAUCAACACAAUUAUACAAAUUUACAAACAAAAACGGGCUCACAUAUGUGCAACAUUCCAACAAAGAACCUUAAACAACACUCUCCAUAAUGAUACACCACUUCCUAAACCAUAGUGAUGGGUCCAGUGAUACUAAUGCGCCCGCGCGCGCCGAGCUCAUGGCGGAACCCCUGCGUCGGUGCGCGUAUCGCUACAAGAAAAUCACGUGACCGAUGCAUGAACUCAUUGAACUGUGUCGACACAGUCAUGACGCGGCAAACUGGUUCAAAAGGAAGCGCGUCUGUCAACGCGAUGGAGCUGCUGAAACAAUCCACAUCUCACGGUUACUUCCUCGUUGUCUACAUGCUGUGGAAAUGGACGUAAGACAGGGAAACGCACUUGUCAUCUUCCAUUCAAAAUACAAUUAAUUUUAAGGUAAAUCUUAGUUUAUAAGUGUGACGGGUGCACGUUGGUCCGUCGUUUGCGUUGUAUUACCUUCAAGAAGACGUGACCUGCUAGCUUAGUGGUCAAAGCAAACGCCAUUCGUCCCCUACGCGUCGUGCGCGUGGGUUCGACUCCUGGUCAGGACGUGUUAAAUGAAGCGCAGCCCGGCUUCAAAACUUUGGAUUUUACUUUUAAAGUUAUUUAUUUGCGGAUGAAAUGUCACAUUUGUACUUUGUAUAUGACUAACCUGUCAUAUACAAACAGUUGCCACCUCCUCAAUGCUGAAGCAUUAUUGGGCAAAGCAUGAGAAUGAAGUUUCUGAUAAUCCCAAAAUAAACACAGGUAUAGAGCCAUUCCUUUACUUUCCCACAGUCACUUUUUAUGUAAUUUAUUAGAAAUCUGUAAUUAAGCUAUAAUUUAUUUUUUAUCCACUUCAAUUUCUUACUGAUGGGCUAUGGUAGCACUUAGAUGACGAAGUGGGGAGUCAAGGAGGCAAUGCAACUGUAGAUGAAAUUGCAAAAGUGCACCGAUGCAUGGCUGAGCCGAACAUGGCACGCAAUGCCAAUUUUCUUCAAUACUGGAGGAGCCAAUGGACAUCUUAUCCAAACCUCUUUCAACUGGAAAUUCUAUUGCAUGCUGGCAUCGUUGGUUCCAUGCGAGUGUGUUGUCCACAGCAGGCUUGUUUAAAAAAAAAAAAAAAAAAAAAAGUAACCAACUAAAUUUUAAACAUAAAAAAACCUAGGUUUUUGAAUAAAAUUUUAUCAGAACAAAAAGUCCACAGGCAUUCCUUAUUCACCAUUCAUUAUUACUUACAUUUUCACAUUAUAAUAUAUGUUCACAUAAUUUAAAGAUAUGGAAUAAUGCGAUAUGAAUGCAAAGACUUAAAUGAUUUGAUUUUACAUGCUAUGUCAUCAAUUCCGUGUCUGUCAAGUGGGUUGCCUGUAGGGAUUUUUUAUGUCCAGCAGGUGUCAGUAUUCAAUGACACAGUAUCCACACUGUAUCAACACAAUGUGUCACUGUCUCGACACGCUUCAUGAGGUCUCACGGACCCAUCACUACUAAACCAUGUCUGUAUUCAUACACACACACACAUUUAAUCACAGGGCUUUACAAAGAAAUAUUAACUUCCUCAAACAAAGAUAUUAAAUUGACAGCUUUUUGCUGAUUGAUCAACUUAAGAGAUCUAUACCAUAAAAGAAACUCAUUCAUCCAAUGUUUAAAACAAGGUUUUGUUUUAAAGUACCUGCAUUUGUGAAUGAAAAAUUUACCAAGUACAACAAUCACAUUAAUAACAGAUACCAAAUCUUUAUUUUUGCCAGACAGACCAAAUUUAAUAGACUCCACUGUCCACGUUGAUAGAUCAAUUUGUUUGGACUGAAGCCAGCUCCGCAUAUCCUUCCAAAACAAUUGAACUAGGUCACAAUGAAAAAACAGAUGGUCAAUAUCCUCAAUGUCCUUUUCACAAAACACACAACAAUUAGUCUGAAAAUUAAAUUUUAGUCUCAAAAAUUCGUUAGUGGGAUAAAUUGCAUUUAGAACCUUAAAUUGUACUUCCUUACAUUUGGUCUACUUUUGGUUAAUGGCAGAUUGUAAGCAAUUUUUAGGUGCACGCCACCAUCUCAUGUACAAAAUGUGCAGUACCCUUUCCUCCACCCUUACAAGCAACUUAAAUGUCUUUCAAAAAGUUACAAAGUGCUUUCCUCACAUAAGAGAUAUGCAGCUCCAGUCCUCUAGAGCCCUUAUCCACCUUGUUUUCCAUGUCUCCCUCCUUUAACACACCUGAAUCAAAUGAUCUGCUCAUCAGCAAGCUUCUUUAGGAGCUUGAUAACAAUCCUGCUUAUUUGAGUCAGGUGUGCUGGAGGAGAGACACAUGGAAAACAAGCUGGGUAGGAGGUCUCUAGGACAGAGUUGGAUACACCUGCUAAAAGUUUAAAAUAUGCGAGUGAAUAAUUUUUUAAAGUCAUUUUUAACGAAAUAUUAGACACCAAUUAAUGAUUCUAAGCUAAAAAUGACGAACAUUUUGAGUAAUAAAUAUGAUUAAUUACCUUCGUUUUAUGGCUGGGUUGAAACAAAAGCGGUUGCGUGACGUCUGUAAACGGGGGUUCCCAGGGUAAAACGGACAAAUUAAAAAUAGUUUGGGGGCUUUAUGCGCCAUGAAUCUGCUAUGGCAGCAUAUAGGCAUAUUGUUGUAUCACCACAAGCGUUCUUUUGGCUUAAAAUGCAGAAGUUUAAUUUGAAGAGGGGUGCAAGAGCAGAAACUGCUUAUCCAUCCUCGUCUGUGUUUUCCGCCAUAUGCAUAGUGGCCCAAAUGAAUUAAUGAAAAACCGAUGUAAAUAUUAUCAGAUAUCAUUUUAAAAUGCUUUUGUCAGUCGAUAUUUUCAUACAACUCUGAUUACAAGUAUCAGUAAAAAUGUUUUGUAGAAGACAAUAGUGAGAGUUCGCGAGAUAGUUUCAAGAAUAACGACAUUUUUAUAAAACAUUGUGAAGUGAUAGGUCAUGUUUGUUACAUGAGCUAAUUCAGUUUUAGUUUGAAGCCAACUAAAGUUUUGAACUUAAUUUGGAGUCUUUUCCACCAUGAUGGUGCAACCGUAUUGAAAACCAGAGUCAUUGCGGAACUUCUUUGAGGAUAUUUCUAGUAACUUGUAAUAGUUCUAACGUUUGACUUAUUUUGAGGACGUCAAUUUCCUUCUGGCUUAGAAUGUGUGAAAGAAUCCUUUUUAGCAGGAUAUUGAUCCUCAAUAAGCAUGGAAGUGAGACUUUGAAGUUCAAGGGGCACUGAAUGCACUUCAAGUGUGGCAGCUCUCGGCGUCAGCAGACCUCAACAUCCCACAAGAUUGUGGUUUCAGAAAUGGAGGUGAGAAUGUAAAGGUGCCAUCU